UCCAACUCAAAGCGUAAUGCUUUCAGUGGUAAGUGCAGGUUGCUUCCUUGAGCUAAUGGACGAGUGAACAAGGUCGCAGACGUUUCGCAUCGAGAUACGAAUGGCCACAUUGCAGAUACAGCUGUGGCUGUGCAUCGGGAUUUUGAUCUACUUCAGCUAUAGGUGUGGGCGAACGAGUGCCGCGUAUCCAGUCGCAACAUGGAAAGCCUGUGCUCAAACCAACACCAGCACUUGGCAAGUCGAUUGGACUUUUCAAUAUGAUAGCAAACUCUGGAAGGACGCCAACAUAUCCUGUCGGUCACUUGGCGGAUCACUGGCUACUGUCCAGACAAUGGCUCAGCUGACAUGUGCUAACUGGACCGCAGAAGGAACAUCAGCCACGUGGGUAGGGCUGACUGGUACAUGGACCGCCGGAAAUUGGAGUGCAUGGAAAUGGGAAGCUGCAUUGUCAUCCGUUACGGCACAACUUCGAUGGGAUUCAAAGUUCCCAUUGAUUCGACCUGAUUACAAAUAUGGAUACUUUGAGCCAGAUAUUGUCACAUUACGGACCUGGGACAAGAACCAAUCACUUCGGUACCUCUGUCAACGAUAUGUGCCUAAAGAUAACUGGUACGUGUGCUCUGCGAACAAUUCUCUUGGACGCUUGGAGAUACUUUACAAUCCAACGCCUAAGACAUAUUAUGAGGCCACCACCGAUUGUGCAGGGAGAUUCAGCAUUCUGGCCAAUAUCCAAAGCUUAAACCAUGCAGAGUGCGCUAGGUCAGUGCUUGGACCACGAAAUGGUCAGUGCAGCAGUUCUUCAAGCGAUAAUUGCAAGAAUGCCUCGUUUGGCUGCAAAGCCAAUACAUGCAAUGUGUGGGUUGCUCUACAACAAACAUCUAAAAAUUGGACAUGGGUGUUACCAGUUCCAUCCAUACCGAGUAAAAUUCAAUGGAUAAAUUCAACAACAGGAGGUAGUGGAGAGCGAAAAUGUGGUUACUAUUUACCUGAAGAAGAGGGUUUCGGAAUCGAAUAUUGCACAAUGAAGCUAAGUUUCUACUGUCAAAGAUACACACCAAAUGCACCCUCCAACAUAGCUGUCGAUGCCACAGAAACUGAGAUCUUCGCACGUUUAGUGCAGCCACAGAUACUUCGAGAAUGGAUAUCUGGAUUCUGCUUUGUGUACGCGAAAAACAGGACAGCGGCUUUCACAACUUUGGUUUGUGGCACAAGUGAGUCUAUGGUUUUGGCAAACCUGAGUGCCAACACGUCGUACCGAGUCCAAGCAUUCUAUACUACUACGACUGGAAUAAACAGCAGCAUCUACCAAGAAGUCUACAUUUCAACAUUGCCGAGAGUGAAAUGGGAAACCUGCUCUCUAAUCAGUUCUCGCACAUGGCAAGUCGAUUGGACCUUUCAAGAUGGACUCAAAACUUGGACAGAAGCAAAAACAACAUGUCAGUCAUAUGGUGGAUCACUAGCGACUGUGCAGACAAUGGCUCAACUGACGUGUGCAAACUUGACAGUCAAGGGAACUUCGGGUGUGUGGGUAGGCUUGACUGGUACAUGGACAGCCGGAGGGUGGAGUGCUUGGAACUGGGAAGUAACAUCGUCGACCCGCACGACAAAGCCUCCGUGGUCAUCUCAGUAUAGACUUCCUUUCAAUAUUUCUGAUCGAGCACAUGGGUACUAUGAGCUAUAUCGGGGCUUGUUGAACUUUGACAAAAACCUACCACUUCGGUAUCUCUGUCAACGAUAUGUGCCUAAAGUAUUGAGGUCAGUCGGAGAGCGCAGCGGUGUGGUGUGGUUCUUGAUAAGAGGUUAA